AAAAUCCCCAUAAUUAGAGGGAAGGAAAGGCAAAGAAAAAAGAAGGUACACCAAAAGUCAGGGCCUGCUUCUAAUUUGUGGGGUAACUAUUCACCCCCCUCAUUGGACUUCAUUUUGCCAUGAGACAGUCAUGAGACAGUUACACCCACCUGGCCCUGAUGUCCUCUGGGCUGGGAGCCAGGAUUCUGACGCUCACCCUCCUGCUACCAGUGUUCUUACAGCCGACGCCAUGCCCAACUCUGUGCUGUGGGCGGUGGACCUCUUUGGGAGAGUGUACACACUUUCCACAGCCGGCCAGUACUGGGAGCCAUGCAAGGAUGGCCAGCUGGAGUUCAAGCGGGUCAGCUCAGCCACACAAUGCUGCUGGGGCAUCGCCUGUGACAACCAGGUAUACGUGUACGUGUGCGCCAGCGAUGUCCCCAUCCGCCGCCGGGAGGAGGCCUACGAGAACCAGCGCUGGAACCCCAUGGGCGGCUUCUGUGAAAAACUCCUGCUCAGUGACCGGUGGCCGUGGAGCGAUGUGAGUGGGCUCCAGCACCGGCCGCUGGAUGGGGUAGCACUGCCCUCACCGCACUGGGAGUGGGAGUCUGACUGGUACGUGGAUGAGAACUUUGGAGGAGAACCCACUGAGAAAGGGGGAUGGACAUAUGCCAUCGACUUUCCUGCCACCUACACACGUGACAAGAAGUGGAAUUCUUGUGUGCGAAGACGGAAGUGGAUCCGGUAUAGGAGAUACAAGUCCCGGGAUGCCUGGGCCAAGAUCCCCUCAAAGGAUGACCCCAAGCAGCUUCCUGACCCCUUCAACGACCUCUCCGUGGGAGGAUGGGAGAUCACAGAGGAGCCCACAGGCCGCCUGUCAGUGUGGGCUGUGUCUCUGCAGGGAAAGGUGUGGUACAGAGAGGAUGUCAGCCACUCGAACCCUGAAGGCUCAUCCUGGUCUCUCAUGGACACCCCUGGGGAGGUGGUCCAGAUCAGCUGUGGGCCCCAUGACCUCCUAUGGGCCACUCUGUGGGAGGGGCAGGCUCUGGUCCGAGAAGGAAUCAACAGAAACAACCCCACAGGGAGCUGCUGGUCUGUGGUAGAGCCUCCUGGGUCUGAAAACGGGAUUAUGCACGUCUCAGUGGGAGUCGGUGUGGUCUGGGCUGUCACCAAGGACCGGAAGGUAUGGUUCCGAAGAGGCGUCAACUCUCACAACCCCUGCGGUACCAGCUGGAUCGAGAUGGUUGGAGAAAUGAUGAUGGUGAAUGUGGGCCUGAAUGAGCAGGUCUGGGGCAUUAGCUGUGAGGACCGAGCCAUAUACUUCCGGCAGGGUGUCACUCCCAGUGAGCUCAGUGGAAAGACAUGGAAGGCCAUCGUUGCAGCCCGAGAGUGUGACCGGUCAUACUCUGGCAGCUCAUCAAGUCUCCUCAGUGCUGGCUGUUUCUUUGGCGACGAGGUAAGGGGCAGUGGCGAGUCUGCACCUAGCGACACUGAUGCCUCCUCAGAAGUCGAGAGACCAGGGCCUGGACAGCCUCUCCCUGUGGAAUCUUUGGAAAAUCCCAGGAACCUCAAGGAGAGCUUGGCCUCAGGCCCAGGGGCUAGCAGGACUACAGAGGAUGCCACAGAGAAUGCCUGCCCCAGCACGUGUGGCCCAGGCCUGGCAUCCACCCCAGCAGAGCUGCCCUGGACCAAUAUUGACCUGAAGGAGCCCAAGAAAGUACCCAACCACUUGACUGCUGGCUUCCCUGAGACUACUGGCCUGUCCUCCUUGGGGCACCACCAGCUGGGUUUGGAGGAGCCCUAUGGGGCAGAUGACCACCCACUGUGGGCCUGGGUAUCAGGAGGUGGCUGCACAGUGGAGGCCUGCUCCAUGCCCAAGUGGUUCACUGUCCAGUCAGGCCUGUCCCCCUUGGUGCAGACACUAUCUCUGUCCAUCAUGCCGGCCCAGACUGCCGCCUGGAGGAAGCAGAUCUUCCAGCAGCUCACAGAAAGGACCAAGCGAGAGCUGGAGAACUUCCGACACUACGAGCAGGCUGUGGAGCAGUCUGUAUGGGUGAAGACUGGGACCCUGCAGUGGUGGUGUGACUGGAAGCCCCACAAGUGGGUAGAUGUCCGUGUGGCCCUGGAGCAGUUCACAGGACACGAUGGCACGCGGGACAGCAUCUUGUUCAUCUACUAUGUGGUCCACGGGGAAAAGAAGUACAUUCACGUGUUCCUCAACGAGGUGACAGUGUUGGUGCCCGUGCUCAGUGAGGGCAAGCACUCCUUUGCCCUGUAUACCCCUGAGAGAACUCGGCAGAGGUGGCCUGUGCGUCUGACUGCUGCCACCAACCAGGACAUGAAUGACUGGCUUGCCCUGCUCAGCCUAUCCUGCUGUGAGAGCCGGAAGGUCCAUGGCCGCCCCUCACCACAGGCCAUCUGGUCUGUCACCUGCAAUGGGGACAUCUUCGUGAGUGAGCCCAGUGAGGACCUGGAGGCCCAGGAGCACCUGUUGCCCUGCGACCAGAUGUUCUGGCGGCAGAUGGGAGGCCACCUGCGCAUGGUGGAGGCCAACAGCCGUGGUGUAGUGUGGGGCCUUGGUUACGACCACACAGCUUGGGUAUACACGGGUGGCUACGGUGGAGGCUGCUUCCAAGGCCUGGCCAGCAGCACCAGUAACAUCUACACCCAGUCAGACAUGAAGUGCGUGUACAUCUACGAGAACCAGCGCUGGAAUCCCGUCACAGGCUACACCAGCAGGGGUCUGCCCACAGACCGGUACAUGUGGAGUGAUGCCACAGGGUUGCAGGAGUGCACCAAGGCCAGCACGAAGCCCCCAUCUUUGCAAUGGACGUGGGUUUCUGAUUGGUUUGUGGAUUUCAGUGUGCCUGGGGGCACUGACCCAGAGGGGUGGCAGUAUGCCAGUGAUUUCCCUGCCUCUUACCAUGGGUACAAAACCAUGAAGGAUUUUGUCAGGAGAAGGUGCUGGGCCAGGAAGUGCGUGCUGGUGACCAGUGGGCCCUGGCUGGAGGUGGCCCCCAUUGCCCUCAGGGACGUGUCCAUUAUCCCGGAGAGCCCGGACACCGACAGGAAUGGGUCCAGCAUCGCGCUCUGGGCUGUCAGUGACAAGGGGGAUGUGUUAUGCCGCCUGGGCGUGUCUGCACUGAACCCCGCAGGCUCCUCCUGGCUGCAUGUUGGCACUGACCAGCCCUUCAUCUCCGUCUCCAUCGGGGCCUGCUACCAGGUGUGGGCCAUAGCAAGGGAUGGCUCUGCCUUCUACCGAGGCUCUGUGUCCCCCUCCCGGCCAGCUGGUGACUGCUGGUACCACAUCCCCUCUCCUCCUAAACAGAGACUAAAACAGGUGUCUGUUGGGCAGACAUCAGUGUACGCCUUAGAUGAAAAUGGGAACCUGUGGUACCGCCAGGGGAUCACACCCAGCUACCCGCAGGGCUCCAGCUGGGAACAUGUGUCCAACAACGUGUGCAGAGUGUCUGUGGGGCCUCUGGACCAGGUCUGGGUCAUUGCCAACAAAGUCCAGGGCAGUCAUAGUCUGAGCCGGGGGACAGUGUGUCACCGCACAGGUGUGCAGCCCCAUGAGCCCAAGGGACAGGGCUGGGACUACGGCAUCGGGGGAGGCUGGGACCAUAUCUCUGUCCGAGCCAAUGCCACCAGGGCCCCCCGGGGCACUACCCGGAAUCAGGAGCCGAACACCUGUCAGGAAACACACAGCCCUGCCUGCUGCUGAGGCCCCCGUGCACCUGGACAGAGAUGUGCCCGGUGUGAAGGGUCAAGGCUGAGCCAUUCUUAUGCUAUAGUGUAUGCUGUGGAGGGCAGCGGGGGGGUUGAUCAGGCAGACUCAGGAGGGAACCUAGCCCAAGGUCAUGGCUACUUCAGAGCAAGAGCACUGGCUAAUAUAGUCCAGAAACAUGAAGCUCCAGGGAUGACUGGCAUGUGUCCGCAUUUACAGAAGAACCAUGGGGAAGAGGGGGGUGCUGCACCCCCCUAAGGCCUAGCCCCUACUUCCCCUCAGCCUACUCCUACCUGGCUGGGAGCCUGAAGCCCACCAGAAGAGCCCAGGAAGAAACCCCUGGAGGUGGCAUCUUGGCAGCAGCUUGGGCCUGCCACCGGCCCAAGCCAAGAGACAGGCCUGGGGCUCAGAGCAACUUUGUCAUGAGUUGUGACUUUUUCUCAGAGCAGGACUUGCAAAGAGAGUCUAAUUUUAUAGCUAAGCACUCAAGUUGGCAGGGAUGUCUUCUGCAGAUGGGCCAGGGCUGCAGAUGGUGAGACUAGGAGAUGGUGUCACAUGCAGGGUCACCAUCUUCAGCCCCUAGUUGGCCCUUCCCCAGAUGUGUGUGGGGCUCAAGGAAUCUUAGGGUAUCAGAUCAUGUUGAGGGGACAGCAGGCAUCCUAGGGGAGCAGGACAUAGACCCCCUGACCUGUUCUGUGCACUCCAGGGUGAGGGCCUGGCCUGGCUGGUUGAGGAGGAAAACCCUUGGCUGAGUGGCCCUGACUUCUGUCUGGUAACUCCUCUCCUGCUUUUUAUCCCAUUUUUGCCCCAUUUGAGGACUUUGCUUCCUAUACUGGAUGCUUUCCUGUGAGUUCAUUGGAGCCCAAGUCCUUUCUCUGAUCACUCUGAUAAUGAAGGGACUUAUCACCAACUGACCUUCCUGGGAUCCCUGCCCAUUUCAUCAUCAGCAGGGGGUCACUUGUGCAUUUAUAUCUGAUCUCAUUUUGCUGCACAGUGUCUGUCACCCUGAAGCUGACUUUAAGAAAAGUCUCCUCUAAUGUCUCGCCCUGCAGCCAUUUGAGAGACAUGGUAUUCUCCGUGUUGCUGGAGGCAGGGCCAGUUGUGUCUGGGUGCGAGCUCUCAGGCCUGUCAGGGGAGAUGGCCCGGUGCUGUGUUUACAUUUCAAUGCCAGGUUUUCUGUGCGGGUAUUAUGGUGUGUUCCCCUGCAACAGUGCCCUGUGCGUUCUGCUGUGACUUGCUGCCUGCAGGUGGCUCUCAGUGGAGGGUAUCACUCUGCUUUUCUCCAGGGUGACGUGUUCCCCUGCUGCUGAGCACUAACUGUUUACCUGCUCAGCAUCCUUCUUUGGAUGUUUUAUUCAAUAAAAACUUACACCAGAGUGUAAA